AUGUUUAAAAUUAUAUUAGUUUGUGCUGCCUUUGUGGCAUGUAAUGCUUGCGUAGCACAAUCCGUAGAACCUAAUAUAGAGAGACAAGGAACUCUGAACGUCUAUCUGGCGUACACGAGAACCAAUCCGCGGACACCUGAAAUAUUCAAUAGCACAUUAGAGUCAAUUGCGGAAACUUCUUUAAACUCAACUCGCAAUACCACAAUCAUUGUACAUGGCCACGAAGGAACAGCGUACACCAGUAUCAACCCAACUGUUAAGGAUGCUCUGCUAACGAACGAAGAUGUCAACGUCAUUGUAGUGGAUUGGUCCCAGUAUUCACUACAGAGUUACAGUAAUGCUGUGAGUGCUGUGCCCAGUGUAGGCACGAGCUUGGCGGAUUUAAUUGAGCAGCUUGUUCAGGCAAACGUCGCCACUCUGGAUACUGUACAUUUAGUUGGGUACGACCUUGGGGCGCAUGUUGCUGGUUACGCGGGAAGAGCUCUUAAUGGAGGCAUUGCAAGAAUUACAGGUUUAGAUCCAGCCGGCAAUCAAUGGGGAUCGAAUUCCCAGCGCUUGAACAGGGCAGACGCUAAAUAUGUAGAAGUGAUUCACACGGACACUGGCGGCAUGUUUCCUAAUGGAAUUGGAACUCCGAUGGGGCACGCCGACUUCUACCCUAACGGGGGUGAUAGCCAGCCGGGAUGCUUCCUAAAUAGGCCCUGCUGCCACAACCGUGCCUGGGAAUAUUUCGCUGCUUCGUUAGCAUACACACAUUUGCAAGGCAAUCAAUGUACUUCGUUGAGCCAAAUGGCCUUUAACAGAUGUAGAGGUUUUCUUUACCCGAUGGGCACGAAUUCUUUGGUAAAACUGGGGUAA